UCCAAGGACGCUUCGCCGGAAGUAUGGCUGCUGCUGGGGAAAUGAGAAAAAGUUCUCGGUUUUACGUCGGGGAGGUGAAGAAAAAUCUUCGUGAUGGAUAUGGUUUCUAUGUGUAUCCAAACAGUUUUUUUCGUUAUGAAGGAGAAUGGAAAUUGGGAAAAAAAAAUGGGAAUGGAAAAUUGGUAAUGAAAGAUGGCAGUUACUACGAAGGAGAAUUUAAAGAUGGAGAAAUUAAUGGGAAUGGCUUGCGAUAUUGGGCAUCCACAGGUAACACAUAUUCGGGACAGUUUUGCUUUGGAGAACUGCAUGGACAUGGUGUAAUGCAGUAUGGCAAAGGUGGGCAGUAUGAAGGAGAGUUCUCAUAUGGAUUAAGAGAUGGGCAUGGAUGUCUGUUUGACAAAGAAGGAAAUGCAUAUCAAGGCUCUUUUCAUAAGAAUAAGAAGCAUGGAGAGGGGCAGAUUGCUUACAGCAAUGGUGAUGUGUAUGAAGGUGACUGGAUUUUAGAUCAGCGACAAGGACAUGGUGUACUACGUUCAGCAGACAGCUCAAUAUAUGAGGGUCAGUGGAGGAACGAUCUGUUCAAUGGUCAUGGCACUAUGAUUCAUAGCUCAGGCAUCAUCUAUGAAGGACAGUGGAUAAAUGGCCAGCCAGCCUGUGCAGCCACCAAGAUAGUAAUUGAAGGAGGCGAUGUUCUGGAGGUGUUCCAGGACUCUUUUUUCAAUGUUGAAGUCCAACUUCAAGAUGAUGAAGGACAGCUGAUUGCAAAUGAGAAUGGACGGUUACUGAAAAUCUCGGCUGGAGUACGCUUUGUUGAAAACUCUGUCAGGUCCAGUUCUUCUGCCUUGCUUAGGCUGAUUGAAGACAUGGAGGAAAAGCCCAUGUUAACACCAUUUGGGUUCGAGUGUGUCAACUACCCUUUGAUGGAGGUAUCUUCUGAAAGUGAAGUCACAUACAGUGCCAUGCCCAAUAAUGAACAGUCUGAGGUUACAAUGAUGGAUUCUUCAAUUUCAAAAAGUGAAGUGGAGUCACAAAUUGAAUUAGAGGCUACAGAAGGCAGCGAGGCUAACCUUUUAAAUCGAAAUGGAAAAAUUGGUUCUACACAGGCAGAGGACUACAGAGCUGCAGGCUUUCAGGAGUCAUCUACUGGUCUCUCUCAUCCACCUGGAGCAGAAGAUGAAUGGCUCACCAACCCCACCAACCAGAGAGUUGAAGCUGGGCGUGCCACAUUUCGUAACCUCAUGCUGGCUCCUCCUCUGAAAUCCCAUCUACUCCCUGAUCCAUUAUCUGUGCUUGAACAGAAUAAACUCUCUAAAAGACAACCUGGCAAAACACAUUUAGACAAAACAGAAAAGAUUACUGCGUUGCAAGAGAAGAAUGGUGAUACUCGAUCUUAUCUGGGACAUCAGUUGGGAAUUGAUUCAAAAAAAGACACUGCAGAAGGCAGACCACCAAGAACAGGUGACUAUGUCAUUAUCAUCCAGGAAGUAACAAAUCCCCCAUUUCUUGGUUGUACCCUUGCACCAGCUUUUGCUUUACUUAGAGUGAUCCCUUCAAAAACCAAAAGCAACAGGACCAGCAAGAAAGAGUCCAACAUUGUGAAAAGCAAAUAAAGUCAUUUCAAUUUGAUGUCUGCACAGCUCUGGGACCUAAGAUGAGUUGUUUAUAAUUUUUUCCCCUAUGCAUUAGUACAUAGCUGAUGCUGAGACUUGGGGUCCCUCAUCUUUGGCACCCUGCUGACCUUGCUUGUACAAAAUUGAGAGACCAUUUCUGGAGUCAGGAUUAUAAUAACAAACAUGUUUUUGACUUCAUCCAACGUAUACCCAGGUUUGUGAGCAAAACCUCUGCCCUUAAAGUUGCUGAUAUUAUUAUAGCAAAACAAUAAAGUCCUAUGGAUGCACUAUUA